AUGAAUAGAGCUUCAAACGUUUGUAUGCACAAAGAAGAACUCUCCAAGUACUGCAUUGGAGAUAGCAUCGUUAUCACGCCGACUAAAGCACUAAUGAUCGUUGGAGCAAUCUUUUUGAUUGGAUUUGUCAAUCCAAUCUUGGAAGAGUUUUAUUGGAGACUUUUCGCAGUGGAAAUUCUCAAGACAGGUGAAAGUGACGAAUCUAGCAAUAAUAUAUCUGGCAGGAAGGCUCAAGACUCAUCUAAACUUGUCUGGCUGACUUCUUUUGCUUUCGGACUUCACCACUUCUGGAUGCAGUGCAGUGUCCCUCAACCCUUUUGAUGUUAUCUUGAGAAUGGAGUCCCUGGAGGAAUCGGUUUCAUUUUUGUAUGAAUGAUACUAGGACUUGUGUUUCAUUGGCAGAAGAACCGUGGAGGAAUGUUUAACGCAUGGCUAGUUCACUUCGGCCUCAAUAUUGGCCAGUUGUUCUGUAUGUAUCUUGAGAGCGUUGUCAAUGCUGAAGUAGCAAUUCUUUAAAAGGAUAC